AGCUUGCUGAGAUGGGUCUGGGGUACCCUGACCUGAGGGAGCUCUGUCCACACCUGAUCUACUGCUCUGUCACAGGGUAUGGCUGUGACGGUCCCUAUGCAAAGAGAGCAGGCUAUGAUGUCAUUGCUGCAGCAAUGGGAGGUCUUCUACAUAUAACAGGACCAGAGGGCGGAGACCCUGUGCGUGUUGGAGUGGCGAUGACAGACCUGUCUACAGGACUGAUGGCACACGGUGCCAUCAUGGCAGCCCUGCUACAGCGGCAUCGCACAGGCACGGGCCAGCACAUCGACUGUAACCUACUGUCUACACAGGUGGCCUGUAUUUCCCAUAUUGCUGCUAACUAUCUCAUGGCUGGACAGGAGGCCAGACGCUGGGGAACUGGACAUGAGAGCAUUGUGCCUUACCAGGCAUUCAAGACAUCAGAUGGCCACUUAAUCGUGGGUGCAGGGAACGACAACCUGUUUAAGACCCUCUGUAAGGUUAUGGAACUUGAACACCUGUCUGAAGACCCACGUUAUACCAGCAACCAACUCAGGGUGGCCAACAGGAAGCAGCUUAUACCAACUCUGGCACAGAGGUUUUCAGAGAAAACUACAGAUGAGUGGUUUGCAGCAUUUGAGGGUAGUGGCUUUCCCUACGGACCAAUCAACAACAUGGAACAAGUCUUCUCCAAUCCUCAGGUUCUUCACAACAAGAUGAUUCUAGAGAUGGACCAUCCGAGUGCCGGGACUGUGAGGGUGCCAGGACCUGCAGUGAAGUACACAGGAAGUAAGAGGGAGACACACUUGCCGCCUCCAACUCUGGGGCAGCACACGUCCGAAGUCCUGGGCAACCUCCUGCAGUAUUCGGAAAAACAGAUGCGGGACUUGUCCGAAGCGGGUGCAAUCCGUAUCCAGGAUUCCUAACUGGAAUGCUGCAUUAAAUCCAUUCGUGGGAAGGAUUCCAGCUUCUCAGAUUUUAAUUACAGGAUACAGAAGCUGUCUGCAACGCAAGAUUCAAGUUAUUCAAUUAAUAGCCUACGGCAAUAAAAAAAUACACACACAUACACGAAAAAAAACAUAAUCACAAGGCAAGAAUCUACCUGAAAAGGAUGGAAUUCCGUUCGUCAACUAUAACAAACAUUUACAGUUCCAGAAUCUGGAAUUAACCAGAUCGGAUGGACCGUAUCCUGUCGAUAUCAGGUAAGAAAACAUUCAUCAAGAACAUGUUCGUUCGUUGACGUUUGUUUGGUUGCCACUUGAGCCACGGUGCGAAUUCCCCGUGUAUACCGCACACAGGAUGUGGUUUUGCAGAAUGUACCCUCCAUAAAAGCUUCUUGGAAGUGCUAGGGAAACUUGUGUAUGAAGUCAUGUCUGGCUUACGUGGACCCUUUUCAAAUGAACAGAAUAACAGAAUGUACAGUUGGUGAGGUGUGUUGCUGUACUGCAGUGCGUCAGGUAGGAAAAAUCUGUCUUCUCUGGUAUUUAGUUGAUACCCUAAUCUACAAAAUAAGAAAUGUACGUCAAAGGAAGGAAAAGGCUUCUUGUCCAAAGUGGUGUCGUGAUGUAGAAAAAAUGAGUACAAUUCCACUGUUGUUUCGUUGCAAUUGUUAAACCGUAGCCUCAAACAAAUUAUGGUGCUUCUCAUACGUGAAAAGGGAAGAGAUAAAUUAGAAGUGGUUUGACAACGGUUGUGAUGUAAUGGUGUAUGAAUUCUUCCACAUCGUAAAGUGGUUGCUAGAUUGUAACAAUGAGGUUAGAAUUGUAACAAUUUGUCCUGGUGUUGGCAAGGAAUUCGUUGGAAUAAUUUUAGCUAUGGAAUAAUGAUAAUAAGAAAACAGUUGUGCACAAUAGUUUCUUAGGAAAUAAUGCUUGAAUCUACUUUAAAACCUCGAAACAAACGUGCAAUCAUACUUUGUAAACCUAUUUACUUCUCAAGCCAGCUUAAUUAAGUUAGUAAAAUAGAAGAAUCUAACUCAGUUAUAAAGAUUGGAUGGAUUUUAGAUGCCAACUUUGUUGCAGAUGCUUUAUUCUGUGUUCAAAAGUGUGAAUUACGCUUAAUAAUUUUAUCAAAAUAUGUUGUCGUUAAGUUGUAAUCAAGUAAGAGUGAAAUAUUACUUUGUAUGAAGGUGGGACAAUUCGUAGUAAUAAUGCCUUAAACGCGAAGUAAAUUAAGAUCUUUUUUGAACAAACUGAAUUUUUUCCACCAAGUGUUUGGGAAGAAAAUC